UACUCAUGCAUCUACUCAGAAGUAUCCCCAGUCCAACCCUCGCGAGGUUAGCUCUGGUUCAACAGUGGGACAAGUGGCGGAGAAAGACAGCUAGAGAAACAGCAGAUAAAUGAAAGUCCUCACCGUUGUUCAUCUAAUCCGAAAACAGUUCAUUACUGCUACCACAAAAACGCCAGAGUUAAACGGACAGCCACGAUACAGGCUCAGUAAUCUGGUGGAGGAGACAAGAUGGGUGCUGGUGGAGAGAACGUGGGGAGUGGUGGUGCUGUCUUCAGCUGAAUUGCUUCCCUGAACUGGUGCACCGUUGUCUCCUUUAUUCUCAAUCAACCGCCACCAUGGGGGGCCUCCUCUUAAAGUCGGCCCUCGGCCUGCUGCUCCUUCAGCUGCUGCACCUUUCAGACGGAAUAGAUGAGCUUUCCGUCUCCACCACUUACGGCAAAGUCCGAGGGGUGCCACUCCCCGUUCCAGAUGGAUCCAGGUUGGGAUCAGUUCAUGCCUUCCUUGGGAUACCCUAUGCCAGACCUCCCCUAAACGAUCUCCGCUUCAGACCACCGAAGGCUCCUGAGCCAUGGGCGGGGGUGCGUGAUGCUACGCAAUUUGCCAACUCUUGUUACCAGUAUGUGGAUGAAAUGUUUCCAGGGUUUGCUGGAGCGGAGAUGUGGAACCCCAACACGGCCCUGAGUGAGGACUGCCUGUACUUGAAUGUGUGGGUUCCCUCACCCAGGCCUCGAGAACCAGCUGCUGUGAUGGUGUGGAUUUAUGGGGGUGGGUUUCAGUCUGGCACCACCUCGCUGGAGGUGUAUGAUGGACGCUUCCUUAGCCAAUCGGAAGGCGUGGUGGUCGUGUCCAUGAACUACCGGCUUGGGGCGCUGGGCUUCCUGGCACUACCAGACAGUGACAUCAGGGGGAAUGCCGGGCUGUUUGACCAGAGGCAGGCUUUGCUCUGGGUUAAGGACAACAUUGCAGCUUUUGGAGGUGACGCCUCCUCUGUGACUCUGUUUGGAGAGAGUGCAGGGUCGGCGUCCGUAGGCUUCCACCUUCUGUCAGCCAAUAGUCAUGCCCUUUUCUCCCGUGCCAUCCUCCAGAGUGGCACCCCCAAUACUGCAUGGGCAGCCACGCCACCCCCACAGGCCUGGAACAGCUCCCUGACGCUGGCCAAACUGCUCAACUGUCCCAGAGAGGUUCCCAUAAGUGAAAUAGAGGCUUGUCUCCAGAAUGCAGAUCCCAAGGAGAUUAUCAAACACCAGAACAGUGUUGUUCACGAUGCCACAAUCACAUUGCCUUUCGUCCCCACUGUUGAUGGGAACUUUCUGACCGACAUGCCUGAGGUUCUUUUGGAGACUGGGCUGUUUCUGAAGACAGACAUCCUGCUGGGGCUGAACAAGGACGAGGGCUCCUACUUCCUCCUCUACGGAACUCCAGGAUUCAACCUACAGGGCGAGAGCCUGAUCAGCAGGGACCAGUUCCAAAAGGGUGUGGCCAGAACCCUGCCUGAAUUCAGCGAGCUGGCCCAGCAGGCAGCCGCCUUUAUGUACACAGACUGGACAGAUGAGAAGAACGGACAGAAGAACAGGGAUGGCCUGAGCAGUCUGGCUGGGGAUUACUACAUCGUCUGCCCCCUGCUUGAAUUCACACGCAUAUACACGCUUCACGGAGGCAAUGCCCGCCUGUUCUUCUUUGACCAUCGGUCCUCGAGGAACACCUGGCCUGAGUGGAUGGGUGUGAUGCACGGAUACGAGAUUGAGUUUGUGUUUGGACUGCCACUCAACGCCAGUCUUGGGUAUACCAAAGAAGAGGUGGACAUGAGCAGGAAGUUUAUGAAACAGUGGGCCAACUUUGCCAAGACCGGGGACCCCAGCCUGGAGGGCUCGGUGUGGCCGCCGUUCAGCCCCGAGCAGCAGGAGUACGUGACCCUCAACGCAGACUCCCCACAGACACACAGGAAGCUGAGGGCCCAGCAGUGCAAGUUCUGGGACAGCUUUCUCCCCAAACUGCAGGGAUUUACGCUGGGUAUUGAUGAAGUGGAACUCCAGUGGAAGACCCAGUUCCAUCGCUGGCUCUCUUACAUGCUGGACUGGAGGGAUCAAUUUAACGACUACGGCACUGUCAAAAAGCAGCAGUGUGAGAAGCCCUAGAGUUGGGGAAAUGUUUUCCACAGGCACCAGCCAGUGCACUUAAUACACUCAAUAUAGCCAUAAAACCUGCAAUGCACUGAAAUGUCAUGGAGAGGUUUGGCUGCUGCAGUGUGUGCCUGCCUUAUCCAAAAGGUCCUUAAUAUAACCUCAGUUUAUAUAGAAUAAGCACAUUAUAUAUAAUACAAGAUAGUAAUUUAUCUUGUUUACUGUAAUUAACUAUACUCAGCCACAUGUCUAUAUUUUAUGUAUUGAGGCCUGACAUGUUUUUCUUUGUACUAUACAAUAAAUGAAGUACCAGCCAGUUUCAAGACAGCACAAGAGUUUCAUGGUUUGAGAAGCCUGCCAUUUCUAAUGUAUUAUGCACAUCCUGAGGCCCAUGUGGUAUUACAUAUUUUGCACAAUGUCUAGGAAUAUUUAUGAAGCACUAUAAACAAUUGUUUGAAGAGAAGUGUUAGAGCGUUUGAACCAAGUUCCGUACAUCCAAAGUCCUUCCAUUCCCCAGAGGCCUUGUUAAAUCCCCCCCUCCUAACAUCCCCAUUUGCGUCCUCCAUCCUGCUGUUAGGACAGGUACCAUAGUAGUCCAAUAGUGCCCUGGCUGCUUCUGUUCCUCAAGCCUGCACCUCAGGUGGUUCAUAAGUAGUGAUAUUUGUUUUGUUUGUUUCAUUGAAUGCAGCUACUGUGUGUCAUUUGCCUUGGUUUUGUCAGAGUAAGAUGUUUUGUAAUACUAAAUUCAAGGCCAGGAGCAUAUUUAUCUAUUUGAAUUGACUUCUUUGUUUUUUGUUUCACUUUUUUUAAGUUUAAAAGAUUUACUUUAGUGACUGUGCAGAUUUCCUUUUUCCUUUUGGAAUACUUCACCCAUAACUUUAUCAGUGACCUUUUAACUUUAACAAAAAAGGACACAUCAGAUAAAAAUAUAACAAUGCCAUAGCACUUUUUGCCCUCAAACUGUUUAAGAUAUUUUGCAUGCCAGUGCAUCUACAAUUUCUGACAGACUUUACUUUAAUCCAAUGAACUGUUUAGGUCUUAAAUGCAACAGAGGGUUUGGUGUCCUGAUACUGCAAAGGUCAGGUUGUCAGAUAAUACUUAUCUUGUUCAAGUGAAUAAAAGUAAACCAAACUAAAUGCCCAAACAGAUCGGAUGGUCUUUUAUGGAACUUGUGUCCCUGUUAUAAGCCCUAUCCUUUCCCUUGUAAUAUCCCCCCAGCAUCUAAUAAAGGAAAUAUGCAGAGGAA